CUAACACCGCUUACCAGCCAUUCCGACUCCUCGCCGCCCAAGGUUUCCACGCCACAACACGCGCACAUGUCUGCCACGGAUCCGACUGGCGCCAGUGCCACCACGCACGUGCCCACCUCCACCGAUGCUCCUCAGCGCGAGCGUGCACCUCGCCCACAAAUGAUGCCACCUCCUGGCAAAGUGAAAGGGUACAGAGCGGUUUGGGAUCCAGAAUUGGAUAAUAAGCUCAGCAAAGAAGAGCGCAAGCGUGCGACAUUCAGAAAGAAAGAUUUCGGAGCAGAGACAUACGAACCGGACCCGCCACCGGAUCCUCGAUUGGCUAUACCCGGGUAUAUGUCAGGACAAUGUCGGCAGAAGACCACGCCCAGCAAGGCGAUUCUACGGCCUGCACCUUACACUCUACCUCCGUACAAGGUUGAUCGGUAUUCAAUUGGCCCAGGCGAGCCACAACAGGUAGUGGCAGUGGGCUUUGAUCCAUUCUUAUCAGAAUCCACGCUCAAGUUGAAUUUUGGCACAUUUGGCAGCAUUGCCAGUGUACAAAAUAAGACCGAUCCUGAAACUGGGAGCUUUCUCGGAAUCGCCUUGAUUAAGUAUCGAGAUUCUAUUCGCGACGGCGAGGAGAUAUCCGCGGUCAAUGCGGCGAAAAGAGCGGAGGUGGAAUUUAAUGGUGCGAGGAUUGGAGUUCACACAAUCAAAGUCGAGCUCGAUCGCGAAGGCCGACGAUGCAAGCGACAUGUUGAUCAUGUGCUUAAGAAGGCAAAAGAGGAACGAGCAAAGUAUGCGCCGCAGCCACCUGGGCCACCCGAGACACCGACCGAUGCGAAAGACUCGCCCGCACCACCACCGAAUGCACCCAAAGGCCCAUCAGCCAAGCCUGCCGGAAAAGCUGCAGCAGCAAAGGCAGCGGGCAAGCCGGUCCGUGGUGUACCAGGAGCUGCGACAGCGACACCAGCACCUGAGACGGCCGCAAACCCAAAAACUGGUGCCGCAGCUUUGGUGGAAGACGAGCCGAUCCUGAGCAAGAUCAAGCGGAAGCCGUACAUCCACAUCCCGCACGCUUCAGUCCCUGUCCUGGGCACAACCAUCCCACAUCUGAAGAAGCGAUUAAAGGCAUACGAUUGGCGGGAGGUGAGACUGGACGUCACAGGCUACUAUGUCAUUUUCGAAGACUCCAAGCGAGGAGAAGACGAGACCGAGCGGUGCUACAACGAGUGCAAUAAGCAGGCUCUCUUCACCUAUAAGAUGGGAAUGGAGUGCCAGAAAUACGGCAACCCCGAUUACGAGCGAAGUCCAAGUCCGGAACGUGCCAUGGCCGAGAAGCAGAAGCAGGAAGAAUUUGAGCGACUACAAAAGGAAGACGCGGAGGAUCUUGAAAUCGAGAAGAAGAGCAGGGCUGAAAACCUCGACCCAGUGCUGGGUGCGCUUGACCAGCUUCGAAUUGAGCUCCGUGACAGAAUUCUGGGCGACAUCAAGACGAGGAUUGCGAUACCAAUAUUUCACGACAGCCUGGACCCAACGCGACAUGUGGCCAAGAGGAGGAAGUUGGGUCUGCCCGAUCCUUCGGACAAAGAGAACAAAGGUUCGUCACUUUUGUUUGCCAAAGCAGGGGACGCUCCACCCGACACACCCAAGAACCGACGCGGAUAUCCAUUGUCUCACUCAAAGAAACCUCUCCGACCUCAUGAUCCCCAUAACCAGCGCGGCCGUAAAGGUGGUCGAGAACGAGAACCGAGCAAUGCCUUUGUCGACGAACGUAGACGCAAGCCGCCCCCGAGGCCAACGCACGCACGAGGCUUGCAUUUCCGAUUGCAGCAAAUGUACGCCGAAGAGGAGGACUCAGACGAUGAGCGCCAGACCUCUGUUACCGGUCGGGAUACGGAUGAACAAGAGAGUCGCCCACUCAGUCGUGCGAGCCGGAACUCGACGCCAUUCGACUCGGAAUCGGUCAUGGACACGCCUAAGCAUAAGCGGAGGAAAGUCACGGACUGGGAGGAUGAUGAGAAGGAGACGUUUGAAGCUUUCCACAAGGAAAUGCUCGGUCACCUCUUGCAUAAGGAGCCUGAGGAUCUUGCGACUCGAGAACUCGAGCUGGUUGUGAAUACCUUGCCCCGUUCCUCCAGGUAUGCGACCCGCGCCAGGACCGAGCUCUUUAUCCGACAACGGUCCAAAGCGGACGACGAUCUCUUUCAGGUCAGGCUUGACAGGAAGGAUGUCGAUGAGGAAUCGGUCCUCGCCAGCAAAGAGCAAGCAGAUACACCGGCUGUGGAAUUGGAUGCCAAGGUUGUCAAAGAGAAGGCCAAGAGGAAGCGCAAGACCAAGAAACAACUUCUGGAAGAGCAAGAGGCCCUCAAAGCGGAAGCCAAAAAGGCCAAAGAGGAGAGCAAACCGAUUGCCGCCGCCGAGACGGUCACCAAGAUCGAACAGAAAGAGCUUGAAAUCGAGGCCGUGGUUGAAGCCGAGGCACAGGAUAAGGAUGUUUCGCUUCAUCUCACAUUCGACAAACCACGGCGAACUGUUGAGGAGGAUCGCUCCAUUAUUCUCGACAUCGAUGGGUGGCAGCAGUUCAUCAAGGAUGAAGAGGACAUGGCCUUCGCGCGAAAAGCACUCGCCGAGCAACCCGCUUAUGAUAUCGGUGAUGUCAAGCUUUGGGCCUGGAAGCAGAAGGAAAUCAAGGCUCUCAACAGUGGUGGUAUUCCGGGUCAAGCACAGCCCGAGCCUCUCAUCUCUGGAUACUACGUUCCCAACCCGACCGGCUGUGCUCGUACAGAGGGUUUCAAGAAGAUUUUGAACGAGGAGAAGUCUAAGUACCUUCCCCAUCGCAUCAAGGUCCAACGGGCACGCGAAGAGCGUCAAGCUCAAGCGACAUCGAAUCCGACCGCCGCCGCCGAAGCCGCCAAGAUUAAAGAAGCGGAGAAGAUUGCCAGCACUGCAACCUCUCGUAGCAACCGUGUCAAUAAUCGCCGCUUGGUGAACGACAUCAACCUCCAAAAGCAAACCCUCGCCACCGCCAACUCGGACGCCGACGUCGCCAUCCGCUUCAACCAGCUCAAGAAACGCAAAAAGCUCGUCAAAUUCGACCGAUCCGCCAUCCACGGAUGGGGUCUCUACGCCGAAGAGAACAUCGCCGUCAACGACCUCAUCAUCGAGUACGUCGGCGAGAAAGUGCGUCAGAAGAUCGCCGACCUCCGCGAGAUCCGCUACGAGAAGCAAGGCGUUGGGUCCUCCUAUCUCUUCCGAAUGAUCGACGACGAGAUUGUGGAUGCUACCAAGAAGGGUGGUAUCGCGCGCUUCAUCAAUCAUUCUUGCAGCCCGAACUGUACCGCCAAGAUCAUCAAGGUCGAGGGAACGCCCAGGAUUGUGAUUUAUGCGUUGAAGGAUAUUGGGAAGAACGAUGAACUCACUUACGACUACAAAUUCGAGCGAGAAAUGGAUUCGACGGAUCGGAUCCCUUGUCUCUGUGGCUCGGCGAAUUGCAAGGGGUUCUUGAAUUGA